ACCCUCUCUCUCUCUCUCUCUCUCUCUCUCUCUCUCUCUCUCUCUCUCUCUCUCUCUCCCUCCCUCUCCUUCUCUCUCUCUCUCCCCCUCCCUCCCUCUCUCUCUCUCCCUCCCUCCCUCUCUCUCUCUCCCUCCCUCUCUCUCUCUCUCUGCCUCCCUCUCUCUCUCUCUGUGUCCUUGUCUGUCGCUGCUGCGUUUUCGGGGCGGACUGGACUCGACUACGUUAUGGCCGACUCAGCGUGGCGAUAGCACAGUCGACAUGGAAACGGCAGUCUCCCUGUGCGGGGGACUGCUAGGUUUGGUGGCUGCUAAACGAUUCUACGAGACGGCCAUCCGAAAAGAUGUCUCUGUUGACCCUAGUAUCAAGCCUGUGUUAGGAAAGCUGUCCAUUCCUCUUCAUGCAAGCCACAGUGUGCUAAUCAUGAUAGAGGAAGGUCCGUGCCCUUUGCACGCUUUGCUUGCUGUGGAAGGCGUCAUGGCAGAUGACGAAGAAUAUGAAGAGGAGGGGGAAGGGAGCCAGGAGGAGGGAAUGAAGUUCUCUCUGCUUAGCGACAAGAGCGUCACGUGUCGCGUCCAUGUGGCGGCCUGGGAUCGCGACAAGGAUUUGAUUGCCCUUGCCACGUCAGAUCAUCAGAUUGUCGUUCACCGUCUGAACUGGCAGAGGCUUUGGGCACAAUCGCCAGAGGGGAAUGUGACAGCACUAUGCUGGAGGCCUGAUGGGAAGGCACUUGCGGUUGGUCAUGAUGAUGGGUCGAUAGCCAUCUACGACGUGGAGAAGGGAGAUGUGAUCAGGCGGACGCAGGCGCAUGAUGCGAGUGUGCAGUGCUUACUCUGGGCGGAGCAGAAUGUGUCCUUACACGGGCACGAGAGUGAUAUCUUCACCUAUGAGGAUCGGACUUCACGGCUUUUCCCUCCUCCUCCCAAAGCUUCUCCAAUGCCUGGCACCGCACCCCGCGAUGUCUUCGACAUCAAACAGGUCGGGCCUUCAGACGGGGAUGAGAAUGGAGUGGGGGUGGGUGGCGCGGGGCAGUCGGCUCCUUCGCUGUUCAAUGUCCUGUGCAGCGGGGACUGCGAUGGCGUCCUCUCUCUAAGUGUGUUCGGGGCUUUCCCCAUCGGAAAAAUUUCACUGCAGGAUUGCAUCUUCCCGAGAGGAGGUGAUGAUGACAACGACAAGGAGAUGACAGGCACAAAAGGUUCUUCCCAGCGCUUGCUCCAUGCGUCUGCUCUUGAGAUAUCCUUGUCACCUGACAUGAAAACGAUGACUGUGCUCUGCCGAGGGCGCAUGGGCUCCGGAAGCAUUCCUCCCUCGCAGCGUGCCGAGGGUCUGUACUGCAUAUGUAUCAACACCUCGAUCAUCGGGGACAGGAUGGGGGAAUUGCGGCAGAUGGCGUUCCAGGCGACGAGGGUCUCAGAGUUGCUGGACCUCAUCAAUGGAUCAAUUGCUGCCGCAGAGAAGCAGUGGGCGGAUGCGAUGUCUGCAUUUGGGGAGAAGAUGAAGGCCUUCUCCGAAUUGCUUGCGAGCAACAUAUCCACCCAUCAGCCGAGGGACGAGUUUUUGGCCAUGUUGUCCUGUGGCCAGGCAAGCCCCUCUCUCCACCAAUUUCUGGCUGUCACUCUGCGAGAGCAAGGCCUGAAGAGAUUGGCGAAGAACAUUGAAAAUGCAGGGCUGUCUGUACAUUCGCUUAUGGUUGACAGUACGCAGCCAGCAUUGGAGCUGAUCAUGUUCAGGCUUGGUGAACUCUUAUCGUUAGCAAGAUGGGCAAAGAGAACGCUAGUCGUCGGAUUGAACGAAGAUGCUGUUGAAGCCGCCCUUGAGCAUGCGGGGAUGGCCCUUGUGCAGGGAGAGCGGAUGAUACGCUUGACGUCGGACUCCUGUGCACAGUACCGGACAUUUUUCCUGUGGAUGCUGCGAAAUCUGCGGCAGCUCAAUGAGGACGGGCGGCCAGCCAAUGAUAUGCUUCCACAUGUCAGCACCUCUGCAGUCACUGAGUUCCUUCAAAAACGGUUUGCUUCUGACGAGAUGGGAUUGCAACUUGCCCAUCCUGAUAAGGCUGUGCAGGUUGAGCUGUCCCCGGAGGACAGAGAGCUGGUGGAAGAUCUUGCGCUGAUGGGCGGAUUCUCUGACACAGGCUUUCUGUGCCGUACGCUGAGGCAGCAGCUCAGGCUUUUGGGCCAGCAUUGCACUCAAGCCUUUAGCAAUCCAACAAACGCCAUCUCUCCAACUCUUCACCCCUUCAUAGCUCUGUUGCUUGCAAAUACAUCGCCACCGGCCACCCCCAUGCCCAAAGGACCACUUGCGGAAAACUCACUGCCACCAUCACCCUCGACACCACCGAUAGCUCCGUCGCCUCUCCCACAUGCUGCUGCGUGUCCACCAAGCAUCACACCCACGAAGUCUGGCUCGCAGCACCCGCUGCCGUUGUCGAAGGGCUUCUAUGUUCUCGAUGCAAGGGACUGCCAAGGUGGGGAAUUUUCCAAGUGGAAUGAGUACAUGUGUUUCCAAGGUCUCGUGGACCAGGCCGGUGGCGAUGAGGGGGUGGAUUUUCCAAUUGGCAUUGUGAGAGUGACAAGGGUGUUGAGUGAAACUCGCAGCAAGGGGACGGCAAGCGGCUGUUGGGAGGGAGUAGCUGUGCGGCUUGACCCGGAGUACAGACUCGUGGAUCUGGCACUCUACAAAGAGCACCACUUGGCUCUGCUUGUGACGGACAGUAAUCAGCAAAGUGCACACAAAAGAAUUGCCGGAGGAGGGGGCAGCGUGUCCUGGCUGAUGCUUUUACCCAUUGCUGAACUUCCAUUUCAGCCGUUAGAUCUGAGCAUCUUGACGGCUAAUAUACCAGCCACCAACAUUCUGCAGAAAUGCCUGGCAUCAGGUGCAGUCGUGAACAUUGGGCUGGCGGAUUGCAAAGCAAGGGCACUAGCUCGUGGUCACACAGCCGCCCCACCGCUGGCACAAGAGUCUGACGCAUCGACUGCUUGCGACUGGGACAAAUGGGAAAGGCAACUGGGACGCAUGGGAACGGGAACUGGGACAAAUGGGAAAGGAAGAGGCGGGAGCCGUUGCUUUCCCGAGAAUACGCUCAUUGCUUUUCGGAAUGCUGUCGAGUGGAGAGAUGAGUCUGAUGGCAAGGGUGUUCUUCGUCGAACACACAUGAUUGAGUUUGAUGUCCAGCUGACUAAAGACAAGCAACUGCAUGGAGCAUGGAGCACGGAGCAUGGAGCACGGGGCAUGGAGCACGUAGCAUGGAGCACGGAGCAUGGAGCACCGACCGGCGAGCACACGCGCACCGACGACGGAGCACACAGGCGCACGUUGACGCACGUUGCGAAAGACAGACGAAGUGCCGAACGAUUGGAGAAGUGGCCGUGGGCGGCAACAGUAUUGCGCGCGGGCGGUUGGAGGGGUGGGCCGGCAACGAAGAAACGGGCGCAAGGCCGUUUCGGCACUUCCAACACCAAACGGCAGGCGAUUGGUGGUGGUGGGGGGGAGGGCGGCACCAAAUGGGCCGACGGGCUGGAUGACGGGCAGGCGGGCGGGCCUGCAAUUCGGCACCUCCGAAAGCUUGAUGCUGGAUAUCGAUUCACUCCUGACAAUGGGUACACAUACCCUUACCGUGGACAAGGCAUCAUGGUGCCAACCCUUCGUGAGAUCCUCACAGCUUUUGUUCCAAUUCCAGGCCUGAUAUUCUACUUAGACUUCAAAUCGGCAGACGCUGUACCAAGUGCUCUUGAGUGCCACGUCAGCAGUGCCACGUCAGACACAGUGCCACGUCAGCAGUGCCCCGCCACCAUGACGGGCGCAGCUCUGGGCAUGUCAGGCCAACUGGCCAAUGAGUCCAUUGCCGACUACAAAAAGCGCUUCCAGGCUCAGCUCGCUGCAAUCGAGGCUGAGGAACAACGCCAGCUGGCAGUCAAGGCUGCCCAGCUACAGGCUGAAGAAGUGGCAACGGCAGAGAAGCUGCGGCUACAGGCCGAAGCAGACGCAGAUACCCAGGCUCGCCGCAACGAAGCCCAGGAUCUGCUGCUGCGGCAUGAAGCCAACAGCAUCGACAGACUCAAGUUCUGGCACUUUGAACCGAACGGCGACGAACCAACACCGGAAGAGAAGCAUAAGGAGUUCAUGGCCAAGCUCGUGACCAGGCUGGUUUACAUAUGUAACCACCUGCAGUCCGAGCUGGCAAACCUUCAGUGGGCUGUGCGGAACCAUAAGACUCAGCAUGAGGAUGCCACACGGGCACUGGACGCCCGUGUACUGGACCUGGAACAGGCUGUACCAGGACCAGUUGCUGGGGCUUCCAGCAGUGCAUCCUCUAGCCGCCAACUGGAGGAACGCGUUGACCACGUAGUGGCAAUGCUAGGAGACAUAAGUGCCUUCACAGAGCCGGCCACCAUCAGCCAGCGGUUCGAGUUGCUGGACACUAAGAUCAGUCAGCAACAGCAGACCGACCACAGCCACAAYAACAGCUUGGCAAGGCCAUACAAGAUGCCGACGUUCCGGAUCGAGAAAUUUGAUGACUACACACAUCAAGACCCGGUCGUCUGGUGGCAAGGAUUUACAACGGAGUUGGGGAUCCACGAGGUCCCUGACCAUCUGUUCAUCAGUGCUCUGUUCAUCAACACCAAGGGAGGAUGUCAGAUUUGGCUCAGCCACAUGGCAACCAUCCACGGCGUUCAAGUUUCAGACCUACACAAGAAGGUCUCCUGGGCGGAUAUGGCAAAGGAAUGGAAGAAGCGGUUCAUAGUGGAUGACGCACCCGCGCUUGCCAUCAACCGCAUCUUCGCGAUGGCUCAAGGGAGCACACCGACACGUGACUGGCUCACGGAUUGGCAGAAGAUCGUGGCCACGCCGGAUCUGGACUUGCCAUUUCCGCAUCUGCGCCGUGAGUUCUACAACAGGUCAUGCGCCGCUCUGAGCCUCGCACUUGGUGAUCGCGAGCAGUACCACACUUUCGCAGAGAUCAUCAACAAGGCGAGAGAGAUCAUCAAGACCAACAGGUCAGCUGCACACGAGAAAUCAACAUGGCAGCCGACCUAUGUGGAGAAGGCACGAACUGRUCCGCGACAGCAGCACUUCGCUGCAGUCCAGCAGGACAGUGGAGAUAACCCAGCAGCCACUCCARCAUCAAGUGACGGAGAUCAGGUGGCUGCUGUCCAGCCGCGAAGCAACAACAAGUCCCGCAACAAUGGGAAGGCGAAAUCCGCAUCGCAGGCCGGAAAUGGACAGCCAGUACAAGUUCCGUGGGUCAAGUUCGGCUUGACCGAGGCGGAGUACAAAGUCCACGGCCGCUAUGGCAGCUGCUAUUGGUGCAACAGCACCAAGCACAAGACCUCCCUGUGCCAGGAUCAGGGCAAGGAGGAUGUCUUGAAGCUCAAGCCACCAUGUGUUCCCGUCACACCUGACAUCGUUUCGAUGAUUUUAAUGUAUUUCCUCCAUUUAACAGGACUUUUAUGGCUUUACCCCAUGGAGCAUGAGAUCGUGGGAACAACGGUCCAUCGUUGGGGAUUCAAGGUUUUGAAUAAGAGAAUGGUGAGAGCAUUUCAGAACAGACAGAGAUUGGUUGCCGUCUUCGGGGAUGACUUGAACCACAUUGAGGGGCAGCUCGAUUGUCUUGUUAUGGGCGUCGACAUCCUUGUCACUGACAGGCCUGAUCUCCUGCACAAAGCAAUGGACCUUUGGCGGGCAGAGAAGAGAGCCAUGGCUUUCUGAAGAAUGGCAGGGAAAGAAACGCUGCCAUAAGUUUCAUGGAUGUCAUAUUGUCCGCUGUUAACCGUAGCAGUACUGUGCGGCUUUUGAGCCCUUGCCCUGUUUCUUCUGUAUUCUGCAGUUGUGCAUUAAGUGCCAUUAACAAAUCGCAAAUUAUUUGAAGUUGCAUCCGUUACAAAUCUGUCCGCGAAUCAAACUGAAAAGUGAGCCUGCCAGGAUGGUGACACUGCGGGAAUUUCAUGGGCCCAUGGGGCAGCCUAUGGGUGGAUCGCUCUGUGCGGUUCGGUGGUUGGCCCUGGAAAUGGCCCUGGGAGUCGCCCAGUGGUGCAUGGGUGAAGCAUAUUUGGAGUGCAGAGCGCAUGUUUUUGGAAAGGUUUUAAGCCGCCACCAACAGCAUCAUAGCCGACACUUCAUGGGGGCGUCAGCAACGAUUGCCUGUGUGUGUGCGUUCAGGUGCAAAGAGAAAGGGGGCUGGGGAGCCGCCAAGCAGC